CUAUAACAUUCCCUCACCUGACGAGACUAACUCACAGCCAGUUACACCUUGCCGGUCUUAGCUAGCUCUUGGUAUCCGACUAGAUUUAAAUAAACCUGACAGAUUUCAACAAAACUCGUGUAAAUACGGGUGGUGUGCACUUUACAAUUGUGAGGUGAUUGUAUUGAUGACUAUUAUAUAUAUCAAACAAUUUGUGUUAGUGCAUAUUUGAUGUAUAACAGUGUAUUUAUAUUCCGUGAAAAGGGUUUAUAAACACGAAAGACCGAAAUUUAUACAGGAAAGCGAAUAAUAUUUUUGUAUAAGGAUAUGAGGGAGACACGAUCUUUGUUUCGUUAAACAGAGGAACUGAAGAUAGUGUUGGCGAUAGUGGUGAUAAGUAAGGGGGAAGUGGAGACACUGGUGGAAAGUGUAGUGGGUGAGAUAGAAGUAGUGGUGGAGGCGAAUACAUCAGGGGUAAGUGUAGCGGUGGAGAUAGUGGUAAUGGUGGUGAAAUGUUUGAAAGCGUCAUCUCCCCCUCCCCCACCGAAAACCAGGGAAAAGCCGCUGUUGCCCGGGGUGCACCUACGGGGGCUGAGCGUCACAAUAACUCACACCCACCGCCACCCAGCUGCAGGUUUACCUCACCCAGAGAGGGAGACAGGCUUCCCCAGGACGCCUCCUGCCUGCCACAAGAGCCCCACCGACCUGGCCAAGGCUUCCCCCACGCAAAGUUUUCGUGGACGAGGGGAGUUUGACAUCCCUAGACAGGAGGAACGACCUCAAAGGGAGGCUGAAGGGGCCAGAGAUGACGCCGAAGCCCAAACGUUUCACCAGCCACCCCAAGGGAACGUAGAGAAGCCUUUAUGGUACCUAACUACCACCACCGCCGCCAUUUUGCUGAUACAAGGACUCUUCAUCAUCCUCUUCACUGCCUUCGUGAGGUAUGAUGAACUGGCGGACGCGUCACACCCCGGAAACAACCAUCACUAUAUCUUGGGAGGAAAUUUAUCUAAACACAACCCGGGAGGUCUCCUACACCACCAACUACUAAACAUGGAAAUAGUGGUGCUGGCGGGCGUAGGACUGCGGAUGGCGUUUCUGCGAGAGUAUUCCUACAGCAGUGUGGGCGUGUCCCUCCUGCUGACAGCCAUGACCUUGCAGUGGGCGAUACUAUGUCGAUGGUUUAUUACCGAUAAAGAAUUUAUGUACAUUAGCAUUUACAGCUUGCUGGAAGGGUGUGUGGUGAGUGUAAGCGUGGGGGUGACUCACGGGGCUCUGUUGGGGGUGGCCUCGCCCCUCCAGCUAGUCCUCCUGACCCUCCUCCAGGUGCCCGUCCACACCGCUACCCACCACCUCGUCAACAACAUCAUUCAGGCUGUGGACCGCGGGGGCAGCUUGUCGGUCCACAUGUUUGGUGCCGUAUUCGGGGUGUCGGCCUGUCGGGCCCUAGGAGGCCGGAGGUCGGCCACCACCACCCGACUCUCCGCAUCCAAGACCUCCCAAGUGGCGGCCUUCAUAGGGACGAUGGUGAUGGUGGUGUACCUGCCGGAGGUGUGGUCAUGGAGGAGCAGUGGAGACGACCAGCACCGCGCACAGAUCAACACUCUUCUCGCUACCCUCGCCGCAGCCAUCGUCGCCCUCCCAGCCUCAUCCAUAGCUCACACGCGCAGGAAGUUCUCGAUGAGUGACAUACAGUGCGGUGUGAUGGGCGGUAGCGUUGCAGUGGCGGCGGUGGCGGACAUGAUGCUUGAGGCCUACGGGGCGUUGUUGCUUGGCGCCAUUACCAGCGCCAUAUGUGUCCUUACACGACGUCGUCUAGCGCCUAUGUUACAGACACGUUUGGGAGUAGCGGAUACUGCAGGCGUGGGCGUAUCUCAUGGCCUGGCGGGUGCUAUGGGUGGACUAGCUGGCGUGGUGAUGGCCGCCUCCGCUAGUGAUAAGGGUUCUUAUGGAGUCAGCGUGUACGAGAUUUUUCCUCCUAUGGCACCAAAGGAAAGCACCCCGGAAUUAGCUGAAGUAGUGAGUUACUACGUCGUGCCGGCUGGUAAAGGGCGGUCAAGUGGGUCUCAGGCCGCUCACCAACUUGCUGCUAUUCUUGCCGUUCUCGUCAUCUCUGUAGUAAGCGGCGUCCUUGCAGGUUUGUUGCUGAGGCUGCCACUGCUUGAGAACUUGACCCAAGAUGACCUGUACAGCGACCACCGCUUUUGGCAGAUCCCCGCCCGCCAAUCAUCACCCUGCCGCGCCCACACCCAAGUCGGCCCUCACACCCACUCCCACCCGCACGACCCCGCCCACGCCACCACGCACCAUAAACACCAGCAAAUCCAGUCUCUUGCACACAAUAACAAUACUGGCCCUUGACUUCCUCACCAGAAUGUGAGACUUCAUUCACCACAACUACCAACCUUUGACUUCCUUCACAACUACCAACCUUUGACUUCCUUCACCACAACUACCAGCCUUUGACUUCCUUCACCACAACUACCAGCCUUUGACUUCCUCCUCACAAGUUCAUCGGCCCUCAGAUGGUAAUAUGACUGUCUUCUUGCAUUCAGUACAUAGAUAACCCGAUACCAUGUUGGUCAUAUUUUCACAAUUAUUAUUUUUUUAGUUCAGGGAAAGUUUAAAAACGCUCCAUAGAUAAACGCACAUCUUACGGCAACAGUUGAUCUACACGAGAAGGAUCUGGUAAACUCUGCAGGUCAGGGUACACGAUAGAUAGCGACUACAAAUUACAUGUCUAGUAUUUGUUUAUUUUCGUAAUAUUUAAACGAGGUUGUCUAUAUUUACAGUGAAUCUUCUUUUUUCCAUAUACAAUAUUUAUCAACCGCUUUUGAUAAAACUUGAAAUGUAUUUUUAUUGUAAUUUUUAGAGGACCUUUAUGUUGUGAGGCCCUAAGCUGCAGCCUGGUUAGCUUGAGUAGAAGUCCGGCACUGUCUCACCAUAAAAGGCAUUAUAGUAUUGGCUGAUGUGGUGUCACGUGAGAUUCUGAACAACCAAUCAACUACGAAUUGUAACGGUUGCUAUGGAGACCAAAACUAGAUGGAACUUAGGGUGAUGGAACAAUAAAGUUGAUUUUAAGGCAUCAGAAAAUAUUUAGGUUUGAGGUGUUUAGUGUAGUUAUCGUUUUAUUUUGAUUACAGUGAGCUUAUAAUUUAGUAGUAUCCCAGGAGUAGUAAAAUAAUGUAGCUUUGUUAGAAUAUUUUAUAGUUUUACUCUAAUUUUUUUAAAGAUGAUUCACUUUCAUAUGAGUGUCAUGCAUAUGUAAAGGGUAUUUCAGGAGUUGAUACUGUUUCUGGAACAUGUGCGUAAAUGAUAUAAGAUAGCGUCAUACCAACUUUGAACCAAUCACUGAAAAUUUUUGCCCCCCAAAAUCUAAAAUGCUGUAGAUAUAUGAUUCAGCCCAAUACACCUUUAUAACUAGGCAUGUUUAAGGAUCUCUUCUGUAUUCAGAGUUACCAUGAUACUGAUAUUGGUAGACCUUCAAACACUCUUAGACAUACGUUUACACAGACACACACAUGCUUCAAGAACAUUAUUACGCUACCUUUGAAUCCCUGGGGGUAAAGCUCGUAAAUAAAUACCUGUACAUGUAUGUUUGUGAGGUAGAAUGUGUAUGUCGUUCUCAUUAAUCAGAUAUUUUUAUUUAGAAAUAUAUAGUGUGUUAGUAAAGAUGUAGGUAUAUACAGAACAUACAUAAUACUAUUCAUUAGGUGACAGGUCUGAGUUAGUGCCUUCAGGUAGUUGAGAAUAGAAGUCUUAACUCAGAAGCUCAUUAACCUAAUCAUUUAAUCCCCUAGUAUUGUAUAUAAUUAGGCUGCUGUAUAAUCAUUCCAUACAUAAAGUAUAUAUGUAGACAAAGUACCCAGGACUCUUAGUAAUGUUGACCAUCUACUGUAUACUUGAGUUAUUUAGUUAAGGGGAGAUUGGUAUGUAGAAAUCUAUUUACAUAGUUUUUCCUUUGUAGUGUUAUUUUGAUGUGAUCUAUAAAUAAAAGCAACACUCACCAUAUAAUAUAAAGCAGUGUUACAUACACCUCUCUCACAUGGACCACAGGUAGAUGCCAGAAAUUGCUAAUGUAUCUACUUAUUUUUGAUUGAACUAAUAUCGUCAAUUGCUAUCUUUCGUGUAUAGUUAAUUUAAUUUAUUCUCUUAUUUUUUUAUUAUCGUCAACAUGCAACAAUCUGAAUGUAUAUCGUGCGUGGCCUGCCUGUGAAAUUAGCUGUUUUUGAGAGUACAGUAAUUACAUCUGUUACCCUGUAUAUUGUACUGUACUCAAAGAGAGAAUCUAUUUCCACAGAUGACGCAAAUAAUUUAAAGUAGUUCCCAAUUAAAAAUACAGCUCUUCCCUUGUUUACUAUCUCUUACAAAGUUGGUCUACUCAGUGUUCCAUAUUCGUCAACCACAAAUUAGAAAUCGCUCUUGUUAUGUGUAAUGAUAACAUACAUUUCAUUACUAUAUUUACUAUUGUGUAUAACCUGCAUCGUCGUAAAUGCAACAGUGAUUAUAUCCCAUGGUAUUUAUUUUUCAGCAUUGAGCUCAGUGUUGGCAGAGUUAGUGUGUAGAGAGUAGGCCAGUUUAAACCUCUCUAAUAAACGCGUCUGCGGGUGCUGAUGGUAAAGUGGAUUAUAUCGGUACCAUGAUAGUGCUCAUUCCUUGGAUGUGCGCAGAGCAGCAGAAUACUUUUGUUUAUAAUUUCUGGUCAACAUUAUUAUAAUCAUAUUUAUUCAGUAACGUAGUCAUAUAGGUUUACAAUUGGAUAAGCUUGUUUUUAAACUCUACAGUUCAGCAUGAAUAUAGACAAUGUAGGUAUACGGUACAGGUAGGCCGUGGGAGUUUGCCGUGACAGUGCAGGUAAACAAUGGAAACAGUAAGGCAACUUGACCAAGAAUAGCAGACAAAACUGUCAGCUGCUUAUUUCCAGGAGGAGAAAGGUUUCAAAGAGUGUACAACAUUAUGAAAAGAAACAAUAAUUAAGUCCUUCUUGGUGAUAAACAUGAAAAGUUGGUGACUCAGCCUAAGGCGAGUCAAGCCGGAAAAUAUUGCUGAAAGAUUUUUUUAGUCUAGUUAAUCCUAAGAUCACGUUUUCUUAACCUUAUUUUCUGUUAAUAGAGAACAAUAAGGGAAACUUGUGUAUUAUGUAUAUUUUUCAA